UUCGCUGUCGCCUGUCGGAUAAGGCAGGCAGUAGGCAUAACACCCACCUUGUAUUUAUCCGACCCCAUUUCAGAAUUCAGAGGUAUAUGCUUUACGUGGAUCCUCUGUGCUCUCCCAGUCCCUCAUUCCAACUUCUCUUCAGGACAAGCUAAACAAGAACUUAGUUAACUCCAUUGCAAUUUCAUUUUCUGCAAUCUGCAUAGAGGGAAAAUACAGUGAGAGAGGAACAGUGCAAAGCCACCCAUGGCGUUUGCAACUGCAAGACCCACUUUCUCUUUCCACCUCCGCACUUCACAUGCUCAACCACAAAAACCCCAUCUCGCCGUUCUCUCUCUUCAACCCUCCAAAACCCCAAUUCAGUCCCUCCAAAGAUCCCCACGACUGCAACUCGCUUCAAAGUCCAUCGAUGUCUCCAAAGAAGACAAGCCCAUCUCGGAAGAACCCGCGUCGGCAUCAGCUCCCACUGAUUCUCCCCCUCCCGAAGAAGAGAAAUUUGAUAAGCGACGGCUAGAAGAGCGGUUCGCUGUAUUGAACACCGGGAUUUAUGAGUGUCGGUCUUGCGGGUACCGGUACGACGAAGCAGUUGGUGAUCCGUCUUACCCAAUACCUCCGGGACUGCCAUUCGAUAGAAUGCCAGAUGACUGGAGGUGCCCAACUUGUGGAGCGGCGAAAUCGUUCUUUGAGAGCAAGAGUGUGGAGAUUGCUGGGUUUGCACAAAAUCAGCAGUUUGGGCUUGGUGGGAACGCGCUCACUUCUGGGCAGAAGACACUGCUCAUCUACGGCAGUUUGUUCUUUUUCUUUGUACUCUUCCUAUCUGGGUAUUUUCUGCAAUAAUCCUAAUUGAAAAGGGGGAAAAAGAGGUACAGAAUAAUGUGCUUGUGGAAGGAUCAAGAGUUUGUGAACUUAGGUAACUUGCUUCCUUUCAAAUUGCUGACUGAUUGAAAACAUUUACGAGGAACUUAUAUGGGACAAGGUUUGGUAAAAGGUUUCUCUUUUUAUCCCUAUUAUCCUCUUUCAAGGAACUCUACUUUCUGGCUUUCUGUAAAGCUCUGCCUUUAUCAUUAUCAUCAAAGAACUUCAGAAUGUGAGCAAAGCUAGAAGGUAGUGUAAAUAUGAAAAAAAAGUUACAUGGAAAAUGGUAUUUCUAGACUGCUAAAAGCCUGUAUGUCAUCCAUCUAGUAACUUUAAAUUUGAAGAGAACUGGAUCUGGUUAGAUACUGAUAAAAAAUAAAGAUCUGGUUAGAUCAAUGUGAAUACCUUGUAAUUCAGAAUUUAUCAUGAAAUGUAGUCUGAGAUGUAUUAGAUAACUGUGAAUACAUUGCUUUGAUUGCACCAAUUAAGUUCAUAUAAGUUGAGAUUUCAA